GCUGGUCAACCGAGUUCGUGGUCGUGCUCGUGGUGAGCGCCUUCGCGUACGGCAUCGUCGUCGGCGGCUACUUCGUCAAGAGCUCUCUGGCGGCCCCCGUGGUACAGCCUGCACCCGCUCCAGCACCUCAGCAGGAGGCCGUGGACACUCUCGACCUUGCGACUGCGGCGGCUGCUCAGUUCCACUACGUACGGUACAACGUCGGGGGGCCCGCCAUCUAUCACGAAAGACUCACUUUGCUGCCUGGGUACAUCCUCGCCCCUGACGAUGACGACUAUGCUGAGAGCGACUUGGCAGGUGGCGACUUGAGAUCUGUGCAUGACUCGGCGGGCCAGGGCGACGCGAUCGUCGGAGUCGCCGCCCACAACCUCUACAAGUUCAGGCGGCUGCCGUCUGCAGCCGUCGUCUGGGCUGCUGUGCGCCGCGGCGUCGCUCAGGGCCAUGGGCCUCUGCCGCCGUCGCCCUUCAACCUCGAGCUCAGCGCCGACAACGUGCUGGGCGUGGCGGCGGGGGUGCUGGCCUUGCCCGACCCGCUCGGAGCGGCGCCCGCUGCCGCAGCGCCUGGCGCGCUGGCCUUGGCUGGCGCGGCCGCGCCCCCCGCGGGCGCCCCUGGGCCGCCUGCCGCGGCGGCCGCUGCGCCCGAGGGCGGGGUGGGCGCGCUGGCGGCGGCGCUCGGUGCGGGGGGGGCCGCCCUGCCUGCCGCCGCUGACCCUCCGGGCGUCGGCGGCGCCGCCGCGGCCCCCGCGGCCCCAGGCGUCGUGGGGCCUGACCCCCGCGUGAUGGCCACCGUCCUCGACGCUCGCGGGUUGCGGGACAUGCCCUUCAGUGACGCUGUGAAGCGCCAGACCGAGACCCCCCGCGCCGACUGGCCCGUGAGGGGCCCAAGGACCACCAUGUGGGUGCUCCACUUCAUGCUCCGCAUGGCUGGCGGGCCGAUGGCGCGGCACAGCCGCUGGAUGGCCAUGAUGCAGGCCCUAGAGACGGACGACGCCGCCAAGCUCCACGAGACGUUGUGCCGCGUCAUCGAGACCUCGCUCUGCCACGACCAGCUGAUCAUCUGCGAGCUGGCCUCCUACGAGUUCCCGCCGCGGCAGCUGCAGUUGGUGGAGGAGCGCUUCUUCGAGGAGCGCGCGCGCAGGACCCGCCCUGCGCCUAAGGCCAAGGGCCAGGCCAAGGACGGCGCCGCGGCCGCGGCCGCCGACGUCUCCUCUGAGAUCGGCCACUUCCUCGGCACUGGAGAGACGAUGGGCAACCUGUGCAUUUGCCCAGCCUUGAUGGAUUGGAUCGCCGACCAGAUGAAGAGGGGCCUCGCGACGUGCAACCUGUUCGUGAGCCUGGCCAGCUUGGCCCCGAGCCCUUCGAGGCUCCACCUGGCUUGGAGUUGCCCAGGCGAGGUGACCAUCGCCAGCGUGACGUUUUUUCGCUUCCUCUUCUGCCAGUGGAUGGGCGUCGCCAUCUUCCGCUUGGUCGCGGGGCUCGUCUGCGGGCCGCCAAAGGCAGCCUCAGUGGACUACAUCGCGGGCUUGCACCGCGACUUCGAGCUGCCCGCCGCCUACUCGGAGAGAGGCCGCGAUUGCGAAGCAUCCCUCGUAGAGAUGCUCGCGCAGGUACCUGGCUACGCUGGUGACAGCGGUCGAGUGCGCCCCUACAGCAUGCCGCUUGUGGCCUGGCCCGAGUCGACGAAGGCAGUCUCCACCUGCGGCGUCGUCUCCGAGGCCGACUCCAUCGCGCUGCAGGCCCACGACAUGAUCACCUGGCGGGUCUCCAGCGAGCAGGCAUCCUUCUCUACUGGUCUCUUCUUCGUGCAGAAAUCAAUCGGCAAGCUGAGGUUGGUGCUCGACACCAGGUUGGCCAACUGCAGCUUCUCGCGCCCACCAGCCACUCGCCUGCCCACGCCGAGCGCGCGGGCCAGCCUUGACUGCGACGACAGUUUUCAGUUCGCGCAGGGCGACAUUCAGUGUGCAUUCUAUCAUUUGCGAUUGCCAGCUGGCAUGGAGUCUCUGUUCUCUUUGCCACCGAUAAACAACAGAUUCCUUGGCCUCAAGUCGGUCAACGGGGUUCGUCUUGGCAUCAACGACUGUGUCCAGCCUCUUGUCACGGUCGUUCCCAUGGGGUGGAGUUGGGCCCUCCACCUGUGCCAGAGUGCGCUGACGAGAGCCCUGUCGGAUGUCGGGUUCGGCAGUGACGAUGUGAUUUUGGAUGGGGGCUGUCCUCGCCCCUUGGUGGCUGAGAAGGACGCGGUGUGUGCAGGAUAUGUUGACAACUUCUGUGUCGUAUUCAAGUGCGCGGAGACAGCCGCGUCCCUUGCUCGUGCCGUUGCUGACCUUCUCACGGCCCGCGGGUUGCCUGUCUUGGAGUUCUCCCAUGCGGUCAGUAUGGGGGUCUUCACGGGCUUGGAGAUCGACGGAGCCUCUGGGAUCAUUCGCGUUCGUGCUGACCGCCUCGCUCGCACUCGUCAAGCCGUUCUCGGACUUUUGAAGCGUGGGCGGGCCUCUGCUGGGGCCCUGAGCGUGCUCGUAGGCCACUGUGCUUGGGGGAUGAUCCCGAGGCGCGACGUUCUGAGCAUCUUUAACGCGGUCUAUCGGUUCAUGGGGGCUGUGGGACCUCAUCCUGGACCCCUGUGGCCCUCGGUCGUCAGGGAGUUGUCGGCUGCCGUGGCCCUCAUCCCGCUCUGGAGUGCCUCUACAAGGUCGGCCGAGUCGCCGAGCGCUGGAGGUAUCGUCAUGGGGAUGCUGUGCUUGCCAGAUCACACGCCCUGGACGUCGACGGUCGAGGUUCCUGAGUCCAUCUACGGGGCCGAGGGUUGGAAGACCAUGCACUCUAGCCGUCAUACCCGACGAGGCUGCGAUACCCUUCAGUACGAGGCGGAGGCCCUGGGGUUCAGCGUCCAUCACGCUUCGAGGGCCCUGGGUGCUCAUCAUCAUCGCGUCGUCUGUAUCGUGGACAAUUUGGCCCUAGCUCUUUCGCUCGGCAAGGGGCGGUCCGGGAGCCGACAUCUUCUCCGCGCCCUGCGGCGCAUCGCUGGCGUGGCCCUCGCCCGCGGCCUGCGCCUGCUCGCGCGGUGGGUGCCGUCAGAGUGGAAUGUCGCGGACAAGCCGUCGAGGGAGGGCUUCUUCGUCGGCCCUAGCUUCGAGGUGAUCAAGGCGGCGAGGGGCAAGCGGGAACAUCCUGGUCCGCUGACGCUCCUGCGGGGCGGACUUUCGGUGCUGGAGGCCAACGCGGUCUCGGAGUCGACGGGCAGGAACUACCACGCCUCCGCCCUCAGGUUUCUGAACUGGUGCCUCUGGACCGCCAGGGACUUCAAGAACAGCGUCGAGCUCGACACGAUCCUCGUGGUGUUCUUCGUCCACCUCUUCCUCGACGGGCACGACAGUGCGACGGGCCGCGUCACGAUG